GUUUCGCACAUGUGUAUGUGUACAGUAAAAAAAAAACAAAUUUAUUGAAAGGCGUUAAAUACAAACUUAUAACAAAUACAAUUUUAACUUGUGUGCAUAUUUUACCCUAAACGUUUCUCCUACAAAUUUAUUAAAUAACAUUUGAUAAAAAUACGAAAAUAAAUUGUCAACAUGGCGGAUGCAGUAGCAAGGAGUGAGGCAAGAAAAAGGAGAAUCCUUGAAAACGCAGAGAAAAGGAUAAAUAGACUGUAUAGCCGACAAAGAGCGGAACAUGAAAUCAAUGGUGGAGAGGGCAGUGAUAGUAAAGAAGACGAGUCCACAGAGAGCCAGCAGUGGACGUGUGAACAAUGUGGUAACAUUAAUUUUGGAAAUAGGAAGGCCUGUUUACUCUGCAGAGGCAAACAGAUAUCAGAUGAAACUGAAAACUCAGGGAAAACAGAAAAUCUAACUGAGGUCAAAGAAAUUCAAAUGAAAGAAACACUUGAGAAAUCAGACGGAGAAAAUUCCAAAGAGAGACCACUUUUGAUAUCUAGUUUUGAUAAAGGUGAACUGCAUCAAAGAAAAAGUAAUACUGUGAAGUUACAAAGAGCUGAAAUCCUGCCAGAAGUUACUGUACUAGAUGAAGUGCCAUUACAGCGGUCUCCCAGUACUCAACCCAAGAAGAGAGUGUCCUACUCCCAGAAUCAGCUGUUUGAGAUGUAUCGCAUAUUAGGCUGUAUUUUAAUGGCAUUUGUCAGUCGCAUGGUUUUAAAAUCUGGCCAAGGUUUAUUUUAUUUUGAGACUAUAUUUUUACCAUUUACUGCAUUACAAUUUGGAUUAUACCUGUUCAACAAUAAUUUUCUAAAGGGUGUCAAAAUACACCAGAGUCAAAAUGUGAUGUCUGCUGCCUUAAUGCUGUGUGGAUUGUCCCCUCAUCUGAUCCAGACCUACAGUCGAAUAAUGGGAUAUGUGAAGGCUGUGUCCGAGGACUUUUUCUUCUUUCUAUUUGUGUUUUUCACUUGUGGACUUUUUAUAUGAGUGAAUAACAUUUAUUUGCAAUAUCACGAUUGAACAUACCUUUCAACUUUGUACAUGCAUAAUUAUUAAAUGCAC